GGUCAGUUUGUCCACCCGGCGCGCGAGUGGCACCUUCCGCCCUCUCUCAUUGGUCAGUUUGUCCACCUUGCACUCGAGCCGCACCUUCCGCCCUCUCUCAUUGGUCAGUUUGUCCACCUUGCGCUCGAGCCACACCUUUCGCCCUCUCUCAUUGGUCAGUUUGUCUAUCCGACGCGAGAGCCGCAUCUUCCGCCCCCUCUCACUGGUUAAGGUUGGUCCACCCGGCGCGCAAGCUCGGCCUUGCGUCACUGGAAGGUGUCAGACUGAGAGCGAUGGACUCUCCGUGUCAGAGGCAGAGGCAACGUCUGGUGAGGAGCCACAGGGGAACAUUGAACAACAGAUGGAAACCAGGCUGAGAAUGUCACCGGCUGAACUGAGGGUUGUGCUGCUGAUCCUGGGUUUUCUGGUCACAGACUCCAAACUCGGUGAUCCGUGUGUAACCCACAGCGUCCUGGAUCAGCCCUGGAGGAGCACGAAUUGUUCCAACACUGAGUGUACUGGUGGACAAUGGAUGAGUGAUGGAAAUCUUACAGUCGGAUGGUACAGAUUUAACAGUUCUGGAGGAUGGAAGAUUCCGGAGACGGUCGUUCCACAGGGUCGCUGCUCCGGGGAGACCCCAGGCUGGUUAAAUGGUUCCCAUCCCAACGUGGGAGAGAGGGAGGUGACCAGGACCGUCUGUUUCACCUGGGAUAACAACACCUGUUACCAGAGCCGGGGGAUCAAUGUGAAAAACUGCUCCGGUUACUUUGUGUAUUGGCUGUGGCCGACAUCCUGGAGUAAUUACGCUGUGUAUUGUACAGAACCUCUGUCAGACUCAACUCGGGAACGCCAAGGACCGGUGACUGGAGAGCCUGGUCCAGGGUUGAUCACCAGCCCAGCAGGGUCUGUGAGCUCAGGUACAGAUUCCCAGUCAGACACAACUCCAGAAUCCUCAGGAUCAGAGACAAGUGAGCUGAGUCUGGAUUUGACCACCAGCCCAGCAGGGUCUGUGAGCUCAGGUACAGAUUCCCAGUCAGACACAACUCCAGAAUCCUCAGGAUCAGAGACAAGUGAGCUGAGUCUGGAUUUGACCACCAGCCCUGCAGGAUCUGCCAGCUCCGGUACAGAUUCCCAGUCGGACACAACUCCAGAAUCUUCAGGAUCAGAGACCAGUGAGCUGAGUCUGGAUUUGACCACCAGCCCAGCAGGAUCUCUGAGCUCAGGAACAGACGCCCGGACGAUCUACUCGACAGCAGGCGGGGUGGGAGCCGGCCUUGUCAUUCUGAUUGUCGUCCUGUGGACAACUGCAGUGUGCCGGUUUGUAACGCGGGGGAGGGAGUGUCCAAUGCCAUCCAGCUUUGGAAGCAACGACGAAAAGCUGCCGCUGUUUCCGAGCUUUCUGUCGACUACAGUACUGUGACGCCUUCAACAAAUUUCGUGGUAAGCAGCGUCAAACUGCAGUGACAUGUUCAUGUAACGUGGCUUGCUUUUAUUCAGCUGGUGAUACUGCACAGGCAAGAGUUGUGGAACCGUGCUGUCGCCUGUAUUGGGGCGUUGGACACUGAAGGAAUGGAAAAUCUCUGCUUUCAUGUUUUGAUGGUCUCUUCUUUGAUCCUGGUUUGAUAUUUGCUAAUAACCCUUUCUCUUUUUCGGUGCCUUGAUGAGAAUUGAAUCAGCGGCUAGGUUUAGUGUCUCAGCAGUUUGGGAAAGUAGUAACCUGCAAUCAGUCAGGGGUCAUACUCUAUCCGCGUAAAGUUUACACGGUCCCCUCCUUGUAUUACCCGUGCGUGUUCCACCCCGAAUGUCAAAGGUCACGAUGCAACCAAUUGUUGGAGAUCAGCGACAAAAAUGUAUCAACAUGGAGAGACGAAAGAGGGGUUAAGGUGGAUGGAUUCGGAGAAAAGAU